AUGUCAAAAAAGAAGCACGAAGAAGAGUGCGGUGAGCGCGCUGGCGGCAAGGUUGGCAGCCCCAUCGUGGUGGCUGCAAGUACGGACUCCAUGAGUAUGCUUACGAAGCCUCAACUGUUUGGGAUAUACGAUGAAGAAAUAGUGGAAAGCGAGGAUACAGAAAUAUAUGAAGAGGCUAAGAAGUCAGCGGGCCGGAUGCUGGACGACAUGGGCAGCGUGGGCGCGCGGUCGCGCGUGCGGACUCGGUCGCAGAAGUACAUGCAUCUUGUAUCUUCGCUAGUGAUACUGGGGAUUUCGGGUAUCGCGUAUCACCAGCUGAGCCGCAACCUGCACGACAACGACCUGCUGCAUGAGGACUUCACGUCGCGGCCGCUGGUGCUGGGCGUGAAGCUGUGCCAGCAGCUGAGCUUCGGCAUGUUGCCGACGUGGGCGGGCUACGCAGUGGAGGGUAUUUUGUUUGGCUCGCUGCUGCCAGCAGUGGACUACUGGCGGCGCAUCUCGGUCGGCAAAGUGAACCUCUCUGGUGUACUGAGGUCCAUUAACGCGAUGCUCGGCGUGUCUUUCGGCAUCCGGCGCGUGGAGUGGUCCUCCUCGUUGCAGGCUAGUGGAGCGUGGUUCCUGCUGGACGGCAUCCUGUGGCUGUUCUUCGACGGGUCGUUUUCCGUGUUCCUUCUCGGGUUUGCCGUCGGCCUGGUGACCGCGGUGACCUGCUAUGAAGAGAUCACCGACUUCUCGCAACUGCUGUACUUCAUCGACUUCUACUUUCUAGGGCUGCUGUUCUUCGGGAGGCUCGGGCGCUACCUCUACCAGCGCUGA